CCCUUCCCAGCUAUAGCUUGCCCACCGCUCUUGUUCCCCUUUCUCUCUCAAACCUAGGCAAGAAAUCACCUACCCCUCUCUCUUUCUCUCUCUCAGCCUCUCUCUAUCCUCUCCUUGGCAUCUCAUGCCCCCAAGCUAAGCUUCUAGGCCGCGCUGAUCCAUCGCUUGCAUGAUCCUGCAUGGAAGGGGGUAGCCAGCUGGGGGCGUGCCUUCCCAGCCUCUACGCGCUCGAUCCGUACGCAUCCCCUCCCCUCCUCGCUCCAUUGCCGAACCAGCACAAGCUUCACCAGCUGCCGCUGGUGCUCCAAGAGCAGCCCGGGAACCACGGCGUGAUGUUCUCCUCGGACCAUGGCGGAGGCCUGUACCCGCUGCUUCCGGGGAUCCCCUUCUGCCACUCCGCCGCCGCCUGCGAGAAGUCCACCGGGUUCGCGCCCUUGGGCGGCACCGGCGAGGCGGGCACAUCGGCGGCCAGAGCGGGCAACGAGUUUGCUAGUGCUACUACUACCACCACAGCCAGCUGCCAUGGUCCGAGCUCAUGGUGGAAGGGGGCGGAGAAGGGAAAGAUGAAGGUGAGGAGGAAGAUGAGGGAGCCGCGGUUCUGCUUCCAGACCAGGAGCGAAGUGGACGUGCUGGACGACGGAUACAAGUGGAGGAAGUACGGCCAGAAGGUUGUCAAGAACAGCCUUCAUCCCAGGAGCUACUACCGGUGCACCCACAGCAACUGCCGCGUGAAGAAGCGUGUGGAGCGGCUGUCGGAGGACUGCCGCAUGGUGAUCACCACCUACGAAGGCCGCCACACCCACACCCCCUGCAGCGACGACGACGCCGGCGGCGACCACACGGGCAGCUGCGCCUUCACUUCCUUCUGAUCGAUCGGCGGCGACCACACGGGCA